AUGAAGGCGAACUUUGGAUAUAUAACGCCGGUCCCUCUGAACAUGGAGCUGAUAGACAUAUCUCUCAGCAAGACUCAGAAAAGAACGCCGACGGUCAUCCAUCCACAGUACAACAUUGUCAAGAUAAGGAUGUUCUACAUGAGGAAGGUGAAGCAUGCAGGAAAUGAGUUUGCAUCGAGACUUGGAACGAUUCUCACGGACUUUCCGAGGAUUGAAGACAUCCAUCCGUUUUACGGAGAUCUGAUCAACGUUCUGUACGACAGAGACCACUACAAGCUUGCGCUUGGGCAUGUGAACGCAGCGAAGAACGGGAUUGAAAAGGUCUCGAAGGAGUUUGUGAAGCUUCUGAAGUUUGCAGACAGCCUGUACAGGUGCAAGCAGCUGAAGAGAGCGGCACUCGGGAGGAUGGCGUCUGCAGCCAAGAAGCUUGGAAAGACUCUUGAGUAUCUGGAGGAGGUCAGAAUGCACAUGAGUAGGCUGCCGUCGAUAGACCUGUCUGGACGAACUCUUCUUGUGUGCGGGUUUCCAAAUGUCGGGAAGAGCUCCUUUGUCAGGAAGAUAUCGAGAGCAGAUGUGGAGGUCCAGCCCUACCCGUUUACAACAAAAAGCCUCUAUGUCGGACACUUUGACUACAAGUAUCUCCAGUGGCAGGUGAUUGACACGCCUGGGAUUCUCGACCAGCCUCUUGAGAACAGAAACACCAUUGAGAUGCUCAGCAUAACUGCCCUUGCACACAUCAAGGCGGUUGUCCUGUACUUCAUCGACUUAAGCGAGACGUGUGGGUACUCUGUCGAAGAACAGAUGGAUCUAUUUAACACUCUGAACCCGCUCCUGAGCUCGAAUAUGGUCAUUGUUCUGAGCAAAAGUGAUGUCUUGGGACUGUCUGGGAUGGAGGACAAGAAGGCGAUCAUGAGCUUUCUGGAGGGCAAGAAGUACAUGGAGAUGAGCUGCGAGAAGGAAGAGAACAUAGAUGCGGUCAAGGCGAUGGCAUGCGAUCUUUUACUUGACGAAAGGUUUGAAAGGAAGAUCAACAGUGAAAGGCUCUCUGAGUACAUCAACAGAAUCACCAUCGUUAGACCCAAGGAGCUUCGGGAGAAGGCGGAAUCGUUUAUCUGCUCGAGAGAGGUAACGGAGAUUGAGAAUGAGCAGGAAAGAUAUCUUAUCCCCGAGGAAUACAGAUACGACAUUGUUCCUGAGAUCGUUGACGGCAAGAAUGUGGCAGACUUCUUCGAUCCUGACAUUGAGAAGAAGCUCAAGGAAGUUGAGGAGGAAGAGGAGGGCCUGCUUCCUAUGUACUGCAAGACAUACGACGUCCUGUCUCCCGAGGAAAGGGCUCUGAAGGAAGAGGUUGUAGCAGGGAUAGAAAGAAGGAGGAUAAUCAAUCGACUCCGGGAAAAGAAAAGGCUGCCCGACUCGUGGAAGCACAGGUCCAGAAACAGUGGUGGAGACAUAGCCGUGCAUGUGAGGAGGGACAGCAAGACGCAGGUGGCACAGCCCCCUCGACUUCCAAGCAAAAAGAAGGCCAGGUUUGAUGACAAACACUACUACGACAGGAAGCCGAAGCAUCUCUAUAGAGGCCGCAAGUGA